UUUUACUCUUUUUCGUGAUCAAUUGCAACAUCCCAAAUUACGUGUGGUGCGCGAAAGUGAUUGCAAGAGGGCUGAAGAUGAGCUACGCCAGUCGACAUAGAUAUGAGAACUACUUCUUGGAUCCCGAAGAUGAAAUAUCAAAGAAGCUGCCCAAAGAGAUUCUCUUUCGAAUAUUCUCCUAUUUGGACGUCGUGUCGCUGUGUCGAUGUGCUCAGGUGAGCAAAUACUGGAAUUUACUCGCUCUGGAUGGUUCUAAUUGGCAAAAGAUUGAUCUGUUUGACUUUCAACGAGAUAUUGAGGGCCCAGUGAUUGAAAAUAUUUCCCAAAGAUGUGGCGGUUUUCUCAAGUUGCUCUCACUGAAAGGAUGUCAAUCGGUUGGUGAUCAAUCAAUCCGCACUCUGGCUCAGCACUGCCACAAUAUAGAGUAUUUGGAUUUGUCUGACUGCAAGAAAAUCACAGAUUUGGCGAUACAGUCGCUAAGCAAACAUUGUCCAAAAUUGUCCAUAGUAUAUUUAGAAUCAUGCGUCAAUAUUUCCGAUUGCAGUCUUAAGGCAAUAUCAGAUGGUUGCGCGAGCCUGACGGAAAUAAAUAUAUCUUGGUGUGACUUGGUGACGGAGAACGGGGUGGAGGCCCUGGCGCGUGGAUGCCACAAAAUCAAGAAAUUCAGCAGUAAAGGUUGUAAGCAAGUUAACGAUCGUGCAGUUAUUUGUCUAGCUACUUACUGCCCCAACAUUGAGGUCUUAAAUCUACACAGCUGUGAUUCUGUAACAGACAAUUCGAUUCAGAAGAUUUCGGAAAAAUGUCUCAACUUGCGUCAACUCUGCGUGUCCAAGUGUGCCCAGUUGACAGAUCAGACACUCAUCGCCUUAGCCCAGCACAAUCCACUGCUGAACACCCUGGAGGUGGCUGGAUGUCAUCAGUUUACGGAUCUGGGUUUCCAGGCGUUGGGCAAGAACUGCAAAUAUCUCGAGCGAAUGGAUCUCGAGGAGUGCAAUCAGAUAACUGACUUGACGCUGGCUCACUUGGCCACAGGAUGUCCGAGUCUUGAGAAAUUGACUCUGUCGCACUGCGAACUGAUAACCGAUGAUGGGAUAAGGCAAUUGGCAGCUGGGAGUUGCGCUGCUGAGAGUCUCUCUGUGCUGGAACUGGACAAUUGUCCACUCAUCACCGAUGCGACACUGGAUCACUUGAUCUCGUGUCACAAUCUGCAGAGGAUAGAGCUUUAUGACUGCCAGUUGAUAACGAGAAGUGCAAUAGGGCGGUUGAAAAAUCAUCUGCCCAACAUUAAGGUGCACGCUUACUUCGCCCCAGUGACUCCGCCACCCACCACGGGGGGACCGCGACCGAGAUACUGCCGCUGUUGCGAGAUUCUCUGAGAUCAGGCUGUCGGCCUGGCCAGGAAGAUUCUGUGCAAGGGUAGAGACGACUGAUAUAUUCAUCUGUAGAGGGAAUGUGGAAGCUGAACAGGGCAAGGGGGCUGUUAUCCAAGUGUCGGAGACGAAAGAGAGGAGGAUUUCACGUUGUGGGAGCACAAUUCGGGAUGGAGAUAGACAGACAGACAGAGGGAGAUUGAGGAGUCUUGGAGACGAAGCUGAAUGAGAUUGCAACUUUCUAUUGAGCACGCCAUUAUCAUCCAUUUCUUUAACACAUAGGAUUUUACACAUUGAUAAGACCUUGUGCAUUUUUAAGCAAGAAAGCAAAUCGAUGAAUGAUUGCUUCUAAUAAUUUUAGUGAAGGGAGGAAGGAAGAGUAAGAUGGUGAGCUAAGGAGGAAGUCAAAUGUAUUUUGACGAUGAGUAGUAACAUUUUUUCUUCCGUUUUUUUUUUUCUAUUAACCCAAUAUUUUCUUAUGUAAUUUUCGUUGUAUUUUCGCUGUUCGGAUAAUAAUGUGAAGUAUAGAAGAGAAAGAAAAAAGUGUUAGCGAAAAGAAUGUGAAGUAAUUGUGUUUUGAAGAUGUUUUGUAAAAUUGAAAGAGAGAAGAAAAUUGCAUGAGGAUGAAGAGAAUUAAUGUGAGUGAAGAACAAAAUUUUCAGUUUAUUUAUUAUCAUUUCUUAUAUGAAAUACUAUUUUUUUUUUUACAAAUUACAACUGUAACAAUUUUUGUGAUUUUACUUUUGACAAGAAAUGUUGGUACUAUCGAGUUAAGUUUACACGUGAAAUUCUGAUUUGUAGAUGUGAUAAGUUUAAAAAUCUAUAAUAAUAAUGAAGAAAAAAAAAUACAAGAAAUAUUCUUAGUAUUACUUGAUAAAAGGCAGAUAAAAUAAAGGAAAAAAACCUAUACCUAAAUAUUUAAGGAGUCGUGCAUAAAAUUAUUUAACUUUGUAUGAUGGCUAAAAUCUCGCUGGCAUGAGAGAGAAAAAUUCCCAUUUACUUUUAGAAGAGCAUCAAAAUAAAAAAGUUUGAUAAAAUUUGGCGCAAGUGAGAGGGGCUGGAAAUGUAGUGAAAAGUGUCAUUUCUCUACGGUGCUAGUUGUGUUGUCUGAAGGAGGAGAAAAAAGAAGAUGAUUUGCAAGAGGAGUGAAAAAGAAUUUUGUCGCAGAAGAAAGUUAAUUUUAAGUGCUUUUUUCAUGAAGGAAAAGAAGAACAUAUAUAAAAUGAAGAGAGAGAAAA